AUGUCUACAACCACUACCACAACCCACCGUGCCCCGAGCACAGGCAUCGACCUCGCCAACCUCUCCCCCAACAACGACCCAGAAUCCCGCUCCUUCUCCUCCUCCGAGAUCAACGACCCCUACAACCUUGGCACACACAUCAAAUCCGACGCCGACAUAGUCCAACUAAAAUCUGCAUACAACACAGACAAGCCUCGAAACAAUAGCAACACCACGCGAAGACGCUUCAUCCACCAUAGCUUCACCCGCGGCGGCGCCAAAGACGCAAAGCUGCAAGACUUUUAUCGCGCCCAAAACGACAAGAUCCGCUCCUAUCUCAAGAGCGUAGACGACCACGAGCGGGAGGCAAAGGAGACGCAGGGCGACAAUAACCUCAAGUAUCAGAUCGCGGUGAAGGGCAGCUUGGCGGCCAAUGUCGUUCUCUCGGCGCUGCAGCUUUAUGCUGCGAUAACGUCUGGCUCGCUGUCGUUGUUCACCACGAUGGCUGAUUCUGUCUUUGAUCCGCUGUCUGGUGUUCUGCUACUGCUCUCUCAUCGGGCGGUGAAGAAGGUUGAUACGCAAAAGUACCCUUCUGGCAAAUCACGCAUCUCUACCGCGGGGAAUAUCGUCUUCUCUUUCAUCAUGUUCUCCGUCUCGCUGGUGCUGAUUGUCAUGUCGGCGCGGGACUUGGCUGCUGGAUCUGAGGAGGAGACGAACGAGUUCCACUUCACUUCCGUCAUCGCCGUCGCAAUUGCAUUUGGCACGAAGUUUUGUCUGUGGCUGUACUGCUGGUCCAUCAAGGACAUUUACUCCCAGGUCGAGAUUCUGUGGCGCGACCACCGCAACGAUCUCUUCAUCAACGGAUUCGGUAUCUUUACCUUCUCGGCUGGCAGCAAGAUUAAGUGGUGGAUUGAUCCCAUGGGCGCCAUUCUGUUGUCGUUUUUGAUUGCAGGGUUGUGGUUGAGGACUGCGUAUGAGGAGUUUCAGUUGUUGAUUGGAGUAUCUGCUGAACCUGAGUUCUUGCAACUCAUCACUUAUAUCGCCAUGACUCAUUCGCCUGAAGUCAAGCAGAUUGACACCGUGCGCGCGUAUCACAGCGGACCGCGAUACAUCGUUGAGAUUGAUGUUGUCAUGGACCGCCAUGAGAGACUUGAGAUUGCACACGAUGUAGCAGAGGCUCUUCAGAUCAAGAUUGAGAAGUUGCCUGGAGUAGAGAGGGCAUUUGUUCAUGUUGACUAUGAGACGGAUCAUAAGCCUGAACAUGACUUGAAAAAGGACCUCUGA